AUGGCGGCACAAGUCCACCACGGCCACGAGGCACCCGACAUCGACACUGACGUCGACGCCCUCAGGGCGGCGUUUAAACGAAUUCUGAUCAAGGCCGACGACCUUCCAGCUAUGCGCGAGCUCAUUCGACUCGAGCCGGACCUGCUGAGAUGCGAGUGGCCAGGAGAUAUGGAGUGCCCACCGAUGGUGUUGGCCGCGCGCUUGAGCCGUCACGCGAUCCUUGAUCUCCUGAUGAAGCACCGGGCUACGCUCCCGCCCGAGAUGCGGGUCCCGCCAGUCUACGAAGACGACAACGACCGUGGCAACUGGGGCACGCCGCUGACAGAGGCUUGUGCAAUGGGCCGCCUCGACACCGUACGCCUCCUACUACAAGGCAUGCCUGAGACAGACAUUAACGAGGUGACUAACGGCGGCUUUACACCACUUAUAGCCGCAGCCCACGGCCACAGCGGCCCUCCCGAGGCGCGUGUUGAGUUGAUCCGUUACUUGCUUGAGCGUGGCGCCGACAUACACGCCAUAGUGCCAGACUCCUUGGCGCCUUGGGAGACCCUCGACAAGGCAUACGACAAAAGCGUCGAGGAUGGCCCAUAUAUCUUACGGCCACGUCCUGGCGGACGUGGUAAUGUUUUGGUGUGGGCUCUAAAUUCUGGCAGCACAGCCCCCGCCGUGGUCGCGUUAUUAGUCGAGGCCGGUGUGAGCGUGUAUCAGAGCUACUUGCACAGGAUCCAGCGCAUUAACAAAACAGACGAUCAAGACGUCGGCACACACGUUCACCUUACAUACGACAGGGCCUACCUUUCGCCCAUCGCCACGGGCGCAAUGUACCACGACAUCGACGGCGUGAAGGCGCUGUUGAAUCUCUUCCCUACCGACCACGAGCGCCUCCUGGCCAUGACGGAUGCAGUCCUUGUGCCCCAGCCCCCAGCUCCGUUACGGGACCCAGACGACGAGGUUCCUGUCCUACUACCCCUCCACGCAGCCGUAAUAGCCGUGGACAUGGUGCGACUACUCACGGCCGACAAGGACAUUUGCGCGGCGACUAUUAAUGCCCGUUACCGCCGACACUAUACGGCGCUGCACAUGGCCACGAGUUUUGACCGUAUACCUUUAAUGGUGGCACUGGUCGAGCUAGGCGCUGACAUCGAGGUUCUACCCGGCCGAAAUGGCCCCGGCAUCAUCCUUGCCCUCUUUUCGUCUGUCUCCCGUGUCAAUAACUGUAGUUAUACACACGAGGCGUCCCAGUUGGCUUACACCGUGGACGUAUCCACCGACAUACUGGCCGUGCUCACGAGACUACUACAACGGUACAACCCGCGUGGCGAAGAUGCAAACGUCGAUGCGCAAAACGCAGCCACCCGCAUCGCCCUCGUAAACGAGGCCGACACCAACGGCAACACGCCGCUCCAUUUUGCCAUGGCCUACCGGAUGCCGCGGUCGGCCGCGGCGCUGCUGGCCCUCGGUGCGCGGGCCAAUGCUGUGAACAAGGCCGGGCAGGUGCCGUACACACCGCCACCCGGGCAGGAGCACUCCUUCUAG